AUGGGACCAAGACGACGAGCAUCGACGGUCAAAGGCUCGAAUGAAGAAAUUGAAGAGCUGCAAAGGCAUUUCAGAGACUUAUCUUACGCGGCCGAGUCGAGUGAUCUUAUAAGUUGGCUGGCAAGUCGGGUGCAGACUGCACAAGCAAUACAACAAUUCCUUCUCAAUGACGCCGAGAAUCGCCAUCCCCAAGAUGCGUUUCGACAUUUGGGAGGAUUUCAGAUCUUAUUGGGCAUUAUCAAUGAGACAGUAUCGGAAUGCAACAGCCAGAAAACAAGCUCCGGAGACUUCGGUCGAUGGCUCGACUUGCUUCAGGCCUCAUUUAGGAUAUUAGCAGCAGCUUUACGAUCUCACAUGGGCAAUCAAAGGUACUUCCAAGAGAAGACUCAAGGAAAUGGGUGGUCAGUCUUGCGUGACACAAUGGCUCGAGGCAUAGACUCGCACUCGGAAUUAGAACCUCAAGCCCGUCAAAGCUUCGUCGACUGUGGAUUCGCAGGUCUUCUAGCCUGCGCUCUUGAUUAUGAGUCAGUAAUUCGAUUCUCUGUCAAGCAGUUGGAUAAAGAGCACCCUAACGGACGCUUUGUCACAAUUCUUGGGGAGAUAGAAUCGAUUCCUCAAACAUCAGCAGAGGAGGGCGCGUAUCAAAAGAUAAUACAGUCGAUUGAAACAGGACUCGGCCCCUCUCCUUUGGUGAAAAAUGCGAAUGCUCUCUUCGUCUUGUUUGAGCUUUGGAUCCGCUCUGAGGAGCCUUCCUGUGACAUUCACUCCUGGCCUGUCCCUCGGCUGCUGAUUUACUUGAUCAACUCGUCGACAAACAAUCUAGCUUCUAUCCAUGACACCCACAUUCUGUCACUUGUCCUCUCAAGAAUAUGUCAAGCCACGGAAGAAGAGAAAUGGCGGCAAGCGGAGCUUUUCACACUGGCUGCCUGCCUUUUGUGUCUUGGUAUAUCUAAGCUUGACGAUGCUUACUUGCUUUUUCGAUCUUCAAGAGCUUCGCCGACCAUCGCAAAGCUUCUAUCGUCGGCUCUCGAAGAUUUGCAAGUGUCAUCAUAUGUCCAUUUCGACCUCUCGACCUAUGGCUAUGUCUCUGUUGAGCUUCCAGGCAUGGCCCAUGACUUUCCCCCAAUGUCAAGUAGCAAUGGCUACACCUUGACCAUGUGGUUCCAGGUAGUGCAAUUCGAUUCGAAUUCGCAUACCACACUUUUCGGUGCUUUCGACUCUAGCCAGUCUUGCUUCGUACUAGUCUAUCUGGAAAGAGAUACCCAUCAUCUGAUUUUGCAAACCUCAAUCAAAUCCUCAAGACCGAGCGUGCGUUUCAAGUCCGUCUCGUUUCAGGAAGGCUGCUGGUACCACAUUGCCUUGACCCAUAAGCGACCAAGAACAACGUCUUCCUCUAAAGCAUCUUUGUUCGUUAAUGGUGAGUUUGUAGAGCAGGUGAAGUCGCAGUAUCCUUCUCUACCAUCAAGGGCGCCGAACGAGCUUGGCAUGAAUGGGCGUACAGAUAUCACUGGUGCCCGAAAUCCGGUACAGACUUUCUUUGGAACUCCCCAAGAUCUGGCCGCUCGGUUAGGAAAGAAUUUAAUAUUGACUCAAUGGCGACUGGCAAGUGCACAGCUCUUUUCCGAUAUAAUAAGUGAUGACCUGCUUGCUGUAUACUAUAGACUUGGUCCAAGAUACAGCGGUAAUUUCCAAGACUGCCUUGGAUCUUUUCAGACGUAUGAAGCCUCAGCACAACUAAAUCUUCGAAACGAAAGUCUACAUCCCGGUAAAGAAGAAAAAUCAGACCUAGUUCUCGCUAUACGGUCCAAAGCAGGCGAUCUGCUGCCUGAGGCUAAGAUUUUACUCAAUAUCUCUGCAAGCAAUGUUUAUGUCAAUACGGACUUGUUUUGUGAUUCUAGUCUGCAACGCUUAACGUCGCUUUCUCGAAGUGCAAAUCGAAAAUUGCACGCCAUUACACGUGGUGGCCUGAAUGCCAUAGCAUUGAACGGCAGUUAUCCACGCAUCGAUCAAGCAGUGCUUAAUACUUCUGGCCAUGCUGUGCUUACAGGAGAUCCUACGCCUGUCAAUAGAAGGCUUCUCGAUGACGCCGCCUGGCAAAUUGGCGGAUGUACCGCAGUUUGCUUAGCCUUGGUAGAUGGCGCAGAAGACGAGAAAACUUUCACCCAGUCCUUGAUAAUCUUGACAUCAACCUUACGGAGCCACUGGCGUAAUAGCGAGGCUGUCGAGAGGGAAAAUGGAUUUGGAAUACUAGCCAACAUAAUUGCUUCAAAGCUCAAACAGUUUGACUCGGUGAGUAUGUCGCCCGGUCCUAGCUCUAGCUCCAACCAUGAGGACACUAUCUCGCUCUCACCAUCCCUAGAGACACUCUACAUUCUACUUGAAUUUGUUGGCUUUUGUAAGGACAGACCGGAAGACUCCGUGAUCAAUAACCCUCUCGCUUAUCGCACAUUAAUCGUCGACCUUGAUGUCUGGCGCAACUUGUCAAUGCAAGUACAACGACUGUAUUAUGACCAGUUCGUUAUCUUUGCGAAGAAGAGCAAAUACCAUCAAUUCAACUCGAAACGAUUAUCUAGGAUGAGAAUCGUAAAGAAGUGGCUAGAAGUACUCAAACACCAACAAUUCACGGCCGUGACAUUCAAGUAUUUUAUUGAAUGCUUUGAGGUGCUUUUGACCAGGAACUUCACAGCAGAAGUAAUGCGCUCUUUGGCUCUGUUCAUCACUUACGCAGUUUACCAACCAGAAAGAAGGGUAGAAGAUAUAUCCAGAAGGAAAAGUACAAGGUUAAGAGCAAGUACUCCGACUAGGCGGAGGACUGUAUCGGCUUCGAAACCUGGCGAUGCGACGGCCUCGAAGCCUGAUACGAUAGUUGACAGCGAUACGACACAGCUUAAACUGCUCCAAAUCGGUGUUGGGGUAUUGCAACUUUAUGCAAAUAUCCUUCUCCGACCUAAUGAUGUGACUAGUAUCCAGAAGUUUGCGAGGACUGUGACGAAUAAGGCAUUCCAAUCCCCUGUAUCAAUGAAUUGGCUACUGUACCUAAUUGCCGAGUCCCAAAGCUCAAUCGUAAUUGAAGCUGUGAAAAUUUUCAGCCGACUUCUGACCCUGAGCGGCUCGAAUUACAGGGAAAAUUUUGCUAAAAAGAAGGGAGGUCUGGUGAUUAUGCGUCACAAUCUCCAGCGCCAUUGGGACAUUCCGGCUAUAUGGCUGGCUUGCUUUGCGACUUUAUUGGGAAAGGAUAUUGCCAACAUAAAUCUUCAAAAAUUUGAUCUAUUUACCUUGAUUGAGACUUUCGGCGCGGGCGACAAGAUAGAUGUAGUCGCUCCUGAAAUACUUCCCUUGCUAACUACUCUUCUCCGUAAUGGAUUUUUAGCUCUUACUAAACAAGAACCUGAGCUGGCUUCACCAGUACUUGCGAAAGACCCUGUGACACCAGCUCAGAGCUCUCAGUCCACGCCGCGCUCUUUGACGGUCACUACUGCAACCACCAAGUCUCCGACCAAAUCCACAGCAGAUAGCCUUUACGUCGAGAGGUCUGCCAUUAUACGCACUGUGAUAAGAUUCCUGGCUGAUCUUCAUACAAAAUCGCAAGCUUUCCGCGAUCUUUCAGCCAAUUCCAGCUACAUCCAAGACCUCUUUUUGAUGCUUUUCCCUGUCGUCGUGAGCGCCAAUGCGGUCUCAGCAGAGACUGAGCUAAAUGCGCGAAAUUCUGCGCUGACAUUCAAUGGCGGUGAUGUUGCGAUGAAGCCGGUCUCAGCCGACCAGAGGGGUACUCUCAUCGUACGCACGACUGGAAGUCAUCAACAAUCUAAUUCGAGGCCUGAUGCCCCCAAACGUAUGUCGUCGUAUGAACUCGUCACAUCGCAGGCAGUGCUCGAAACGCCAAAAUCAGAAGCUUCUGGCUUGCCCCAACGGUCGCGUUCCAGGUCGAAUUUGAGCGACUCAAUGGUCCAGGAAAUACUUGAGCUCGUCCUCGCUGUCUUCUAUGACCAGAUAUUCGCAAGAAAGGACUUUCCAGGGCUCGGUCUGUUUAUGCGAGUUCCUCCGGGAUUCCAGGAACAUCAGGCCUAUUUUGAAACUUUUAUCCUACGCAAUGCUCUUUCUCAACUCAGCAACCACAUCAAGCUCAAUCAGAAAUUACUCUGGGAACCUCGAAUUCUCACAAAUCUAAGUCGUUUGUCGGUCCACUUAGCCGAGGCGAUCUGCGAAGGCUGGUUCAUCAAUGGUGCUGAUGUAACCUUCGGAUUUCUCGCAGAUAUCUUAGAAUAUCUACAACUUCCCGAGAUCUCUAUCAUCAAAUCGGUCAGACUCUGUAGUGGGACCAUCGCCCACAUCAGAGCGAUCUUUUUCCGUAACGUGCUUCUAAGGCUCUCUGCAUUGGACAAGACUAAUUCGUCGAACGAACUGAUAAAUCUACUUGACAAGCUUGCAUACUGGCAAACAGCAUUACUACCUAGCCAAGAUCCUAACGAAGACCUUCUCCGACAGUUCUGUUAUCUCAUAUAUGCGCAAUUUUCAAGUCCUCAAGACCAAGUGAGAAUGGCAGCUGCAAACGUUUGGCGGCUGCUUCUGGUUCAUAAAUAUGCUGAAAUUUCAGCAGUCUUGAUACAGACAGCAGAUUCUCGGAGCGAAGGGAUUCUCAAAGGCUUCAAGAGCAUUGUAGAGCUUGACAACGAAACCUUCCUUGCUUGGGUCGACAAUCAUCGAUCAGAUCUUCAUCAUCUGUUCACACCGCUUUCUAAGGACUGGUCUAACUUCGUUACAGAAGAGGAUCAUCGAACGGAACAUACUGCAAAGGCAAGAAUUGCAAAGAGAAGAGAACGACUAAAGAUCUGGGCUGCGGAUGAGUUCAAGAUCGAAGAGAGUAUCCGACGACAUGAGACCAGUGGUAAUAAUUGGCGUUCAAAUAUCUAUCACACCGAGCAAUUCAAGCGGCAGAGGUCACUUCAAGAUCAGCAAGACGCUCGAAUCUUCGUUAACUCCGCGUGGAAGAGAAUGCAGCAAGAACUCCACGGUCCCUGUGGCUUGCUUGAGGACGACACAACAUCAAAGUGGCAUCUGGACCAGACUGAGGGAAGAAACAGGAUGCGAAUGCGUUUGAUACCUGACAAAGAAGUUCUUGGUCAAGAAUUCCAGCCCAAGCGCCGCCAGUCUCAAGGUCCGGUAAAACAUCGAUCUAGUUUGAGCGCGUCAUCAACGCCUGCUAGAGGCGCUUCACCGAUACCUACUCAAAAACAGCCAAGAGAAGCUCUGGCCAAUGGCCGCGUCGUACACGAUGAUCCUUUAGGGCUCAACAUGACAGGUGGAGACGGCGAUGAUCAACAGAGCGAAGACGGCUUUGAAAUGGUAGACGAUCCAACAGCGGAGCUUGAGGAGUUUGAGGACAAGAACCGCAAAGUCAUGAGGAGCAUAGAACGUGGCGACCAAGUUCAAUUUGUCCACAACGCAUCCAGAAUUGUGGGCCUCGAAGCUGUUGAAGGUUUGCUCAUCAUUGGCAAGCAGCACCUCUACAUACUGGAUAAUCUGUUCCAGAGGCUCGACGGUGAAAUUGUCAAUGUCACUAAUGCUCCCGAAGACGAACGUGAUUCUUAUUUACAAAUGACAUCAGGGCAUAAGAAGAGUCAAAAGGAAGUCGCACCGGCGAAAACUGAUUUUGAAACUCGACACUGGUCAUGGGACGAGAUACUGAGCAUCUCCAAGCGGCGGUUUCUGUUUCGAGACGUCGCGAUCGAAGUCUUUUUUGUAGAUGGGCAGAGUUAUCUGCUUACUUCACGUGAUUCUAGUUCUCGAGAUGAGCUCUAUCAAAGGUUGCUUACGAAGGCGCCUAUUUCUGCUGCGAAUGGGACGACUUCAAAUGAAGAGGAGAAUUGGAGAGCUGACUCCAUCCGCAACACUGAGGAGAUGCAUCAAUCUUUGGGCGCUAGAUUUACAAAUGUCUUCGCACAGCAGAUCUCAAAUCCCGCAACGCGAAAAUGGGCUAAAGGGGAAAUAUCGAACUUUCAUUAUUUAAUGCAAAUUAAUACCAUGGCAGGACGUACUUUCAACGACCUCACACAAUACCCGGUCUUCCCGUGGGUGCUUGCAGACUACACCAGCGAGAAAUUAGAUCUUUCAAAUCCGAGAAGCUUCCGAGAUCUGAGCAAGCCGAUGGGUUGUCAAACACUCGCAAGACAAUCGGACUUCAACGAACGCUACCAAUCAUUCGCCGAGAUGGGCGAUGACAAGGCUCCUCCAUUUCAUUAUGGCACUCACUACUCUUCAGCUAUGAUCGUGACGUCGUACCUGAUCCGCCUCCAGCCCUUUGUGCAUUCCUAUUUGCUUUUGCAAGGAGGGUAUUUCGAUCAUCCAGACCGACUAUUUUACUCAAUCGCAGACGCCUGGAAUUCAGCCUCACAAACAAAUAUGACUGAUGUGCGAGAGCUCAUACCGGAGUUCUACUAUCUACCCGAGUUUCUCUCGAAUAUGAAUCAAUACGACUUUGGUGAGCGACAAGGUGGUCAGAAGAUUGACAAAGUCAGUCUUCCACCGUGGGCAAAGGGUGACCCUAAGAUCUUCAUUACCAAGCAUCGAGAAGCACUAGAGAGCGACUAUGUCCGUCAAAAUCUUCACGGAUGGAUUGACCUUGUCUUUGGGCACAAACAACGCGGUGAGGCUGCAUUAGAGGCGACCAACGUUUUUCACCAUCUUUCAUACCAUGGUGCUCGUGACCUCGAUACUAUUCAUGAUCCUGUGGAGCGACUUGCUACAAUUGGUAUCAUACAUAACUUUGGACAGACGCCACUUCAAGUAUUUACUCGACCCCAUGUCGCCCACGAGCCCACCAAAUCGCCACCAAAGGGACUGGACCUUGCCGCUGAGGACUUGACCCGUCUGCCAUUCCCAGUAUUAGAAACCCAGGACCGCAUCGCAUCACUGCAAUGGUCCGUUAAACAGGAAAAGGUUGUCCAGACCGGGCCCUCAAAGCUUCAUAUGGGACCAACAUUCGACAAGUAUAUGGAGUGGGGGUUCUUCGACGGAGGGAUCAGGUUUUACAUGUCAGAAAGUAAACGACUUGUGGGUCUGUUCGAGCACAUUCACAUUGGUGAGAUAUCGGCAGCUCUCUUCGCAGAUUCUAAGACCUUAAUUACGGGUGGCAAUGACUGCACGAUCUCUGUCUGGUCUGUGUCAUCGACUGCAAAAGCUGUAGACCUUCAGCCGAGGAAAUCGCUAUAUGGACAUAGAACGGCCAUAAACACUCUUGUGGUUUCCAGAUCGUUUAGCACGCUUCUGUCGGCCUCUUCCGAUGGCAAGAUCAUUCUGUGGGACCUGAAUCGUAUAGAGCUUGUGCGAGUACUAACGACUGGCAAAUUUGUUGAGUGUGCGCGGAUCAACGACGUCACUGGCACUAUUGCUGUGUGUCGGGGCAGUGAGGUUUCGUUAUGGACUUUGAAUGGUGAUUUCCUGCUAAAGCAAGAAAUACAAUCGGAUGGGGACGAUUCGAUAACUUCAUGCGCAUUUUAUGAAGGCAAUGGGCACGAAUAUUUGGAGCGGCAACUCGUUUUCACUGGGCACAAGCGAGGCGUUGUCAAUGUCGGUGACCAUGCUCCUAUUUCAUGA